GUUUGCACCAUUCUGCUUGAAUGGAGCCGCGGAUGACGGUUGCUGUGGCCCCAAAGUCGCAGACGACGAUUCCUGGGGCGAACAGGGUUCAACACGUGCUGGCACUUCCGUUCUCAGUCCCCCGCCCUCGCCGGAUGAAACGGCAGAAGGGACAGAGGAGGACAUGCAGGACGGCGAGGAGCCCGUG